CUGAGGCAGACGCUGUCAGGAGAGAAGAUGUCACACUGGCCUCUCUCACAUUCCUCAUUCUUCUGCGCUUUCAUCGUCACUGUAAUACUCACUUUUUUGCAAACUUCAGAGUGUGAUAGAGGUCAAAGAAAAAUAGUUCACGUACAUGAGGAUGAGACUGGGGAGGUGAUAGUUCAAACUGCCCCAGGUUUAGUGACCACACACCGUGGAGGUUCCAUUAUCCUCCCUUGUCGAUACCACUAUCAGUCCUCUGGAGACGAUCCUGGACAGAUCCGCAUCAAGUGGUCCAAGAUCAAUGAGCCAGCAUCCUUUAGUGAUGUUUUCGUCAUCUUGGGGAAGGAAAGAAGAGAAUAUGGCCCCUACAAAGGGCGCGUGUCUCUACAGGAAGAUGGGCCAGGAGAUGCAUCACUGGUCAUAUAUAAUAUAACCCUAGAUGACUAUGGGAGAUAUGAAUGUGAGGUGACCAAUGAGUUAGAGGAUGAUACUGGAACAGUCAAACUUGACCUAGAAGGUGUAAUCUUUCCUUACCACCCAAGGAUUGGUCGAUAUAGUAUGAACUUUCACCAGGCUGAAGUUGCAUGUAAGCAACAGGAUGGAAUACUGGCCUCUUAUGACCAGCUUCAUGAGGCCUGGCUAGAAGGUAUGGAUUGGUGUAAUGCUGGUUGGUUACAAGAUGGCUCAGUGCAGUAUCCCAUCUCCAAACCUCGAGAUGAGUGUGGGAAAAAGGAAACCGCAACAGGAGUUCGGAACUAUGGCUACCGUCAUAAGGAUGAUGAGCGUUAUGAUGCUUUCUGCUUCACAUCCAACCUCAAUGGUAAAGUCUACUUUCUGAAGACCUAUCGUAAAAUGAGUUUUCAAGAGGCAGCCAAAGCUUGUGAGGACAAAGGGGACUUAAUGGCAAAAGUAGGCCAACUGUAUGCUGCCUGGAAGCUGCAGCUUAUGGACAAAUGUGAAGCUGGUUGGCUGGGUGACGGCAGUGUUCGUUACCCCAUUGUGAAUCCACGUGCGCGGUGUGGUGGUUUAGUACCUGGAGUAAGGAACCUGGGGUUUCCUAGUAAGAAGUACAAGCUGUUUGGUGUAUAUUGUUAUAGAAGGGAGAAAAAUGACCAAACACAUGAGAAAAUAAAAGCAGGAAUCAGCAAGUGGAAUGCUAAUCACAUCUAGGCAGCAUGA